UUCCUCAUUUUCUUUAGUGCCACUGUGAAUUUGUUCUGAUAUGCUAAAGAGCGUGAGUGGCAUUAAUCCUGAUCAUCACACUUGACUAGGCAUGUUACUCACCUGGCCUCUGCAGCAGGUAAAAUUUAACCAAGCUUUGGCUGACCAUUCAAUGGCUGAGAAGCCACGGCUGAUUGAUGGCAUUGUACUGACUAAAUUUGAUACAAUUGAUGAUAAGGUUGGUGCUGCCAUUUCAAUGACCUACAUCACUGGCCAGCCAAUAGUUUUCGUUGGAACUGGACAGACCUACAAUGACUUGCGCAGCCUUAAUGCCAAGGCUGUCGUCAGUGCUCUAAUGAAGGCUUAAGUACCUGCUUUUCACUAUUGUCUUAAUGCAGCGUAACUGCCACUGGAUCACCCGUCUCCAGCCCCUCACUGAUUGAUUGUUCCCUGCAUAUUGAAGGAUUGUUGUUGAAUACAUUGAAACCAUCUGUUCACAUUGCAACAUUUCCAGCAUCAGUCUGCUGCAAUUCCCUUCCAACUUGCUAUUAUAAAAAAAUGGAUGCACAGCAAAAACUACUACCACAUCACUGAAGAGAUCGACUGCUUUUCCUUUUAUAAAAACCCGUGUCUUUUAAUUCUUAGUGCAAUAAACUUCAGUACUGGCUGCCUAUGAAUUAGAGAACUUGUAAAGAGAAUUUAUUAAAUAAAGCUGCUAUUAUUGUCAGCUGUGGCAUUCUCA